GAUUUUUUUUCUUUUUCUCUUAGAUCAUCCAAAUGUAAUGGUUUUAUAUUAUUUUGACAUCCUAACUUAGUGAUUGAUCCUGAUCAUUCCUGCUCUAAGAUAUAUUCAAGCUGGUAUAGUAAAUACUGCAGUAAUAUUUACACAGACUCACAUUCAGGCUUGAAUUUGAUCAUUCUUCAAAACCUUGCUACAAGAAUGGCUGGUUCAAGUAAAAUAGAAAACUAAAUCCUUUUAUAAACCAGGCAAAAUAAGGCAAUUAUAUAUUUAGGUAAUAAUAUAUAUACUUCAGUAUAAACACUGCCCACAAGAAUGGGUGGUGCAGUGAGUGCCAGCAAGAGCAAUGAUGACAUGGUCACCAAGCUCAUCAAUGCUCAGUACAUCAAGACCCCAUGCAUUGAGCGAGCUUUCCGUGCUGUUGAUCGAGGCAACUAUGUCCUGAACAAGGAAGAUGCCUACAGUGACAAUGCUUGGUGGACUCAGAAUCUGCAUCUCUCAGCGCCUUGCAUAUAUGCUCAGGUGCUGGAAGGCUUAUUGCUGGAGCCUGGUAAAAGUUUCCUCAACAUUGGCUCUGGUACUGGCUACCUCUCUACAAUGGUUGCUACAAUAAUAGGCAAUGAAGGAAGCAACCAUGGCGUGGAGCUGCGCCCUGAUGUUAUUCUCUACGCUCACGCUCGACUCAAAGCUUUCAAGAAAUCUGGUUCAUACGAUCCUGACUUCUUUGCUGAACCAGUUUUUGUAGAGGGCAACGCUUACAAGCUGAUACCACCAGCGACCAAGUAUGACAGGAUAUACUGUGGUGCAUCGGUUGAGAUCUCCUUCCUGGACAAACUCAGAGAUGAUUUCCUCAAUAUUGGAGGGGUGAUGGUGGCGCCGGUCCAGAAUGAGCUGCUGCAAGUCUACAAGGAAAGCAAAGACCGUGACAUCGUCACCAGCCUCUUGGACGUCUCCUUCUCGGACCUCGUCAAACGAACAGCACCCAACCCCAAGAACCCUCACUCCAUCCCCAACUCUGUCACCCUCCCGGUGCAGACAGUGCAGAGUUUGCAAGAGCAGUGCAGAGCUCGUAUCAUUCGCCUGGUCAAAGCCAAACUACUGGAAGAGAAGCGAACAAGAGGCGGCAUCUUCGCCAGGGCGUUUUCUUCAGAGAAUUGUCCUCCUGUGCCGACGCCGUAUACUCUUCACCCUCCUAAUCGUCUGGAGCCACACAACCUCGGUGGGAAGGAGCUUUCUUCUGACGUCCAGAUGUCAGGACUUAUGUCUCCUAAUGCUCCUCCCAUGCAACCUACCGAAGAAGUUCCAGAAAACGAAAACCAGAUGCGUGCUAACGGUACCAGCACCCAUAACCUUUUGAGAAGAAGUCAAAUGGCCACCCCUUUUACUGAUAAUGACUCCAAAAGCCUCCAAGACUCAGUUGAAAUUCCCAGUACUAUGUCUUCAGAAAGGGUUGAUGGUCCAUCAAACAGGGCUAGGGUUUCUUCUACUAGAAGCAUGUCUGAUGUAGAUCUGCUCUCAUUUGGGUACCGUAGAGACGCGAAAGUUAUCAGAGUUUGUGGCAAAACUCUUUUAGCAUCUCAUAGUUCUCCGGCCGUGAAGCGAUGUGGACCUCCCAUUCAAAAGCAUCCGCCGUUCAUGUUCGGUCGCUUCAUUACGAACUUUAGCAACAUCGACGAGUCAGAUGUGGACGAUGAUGCAACUGUUGGAACUCGUUACCCGGUCGAAAAUGACGAUGCACAUUCUUCAUCGUCAGCGUCAUCUUUAGAGGAUUACGACUCUACUGACGAGGCUAUUAAGAGGCAUCGCAAUAUUAAAGCCUUUAAUUCCUUGAGGAAGUCAACGGUCGCAUCCUCGUCAGCAUUGCCUGAGGCUUCACUCAGCUCGACUGGUGGAAGCACGUCUCACACACAGACCAGGCUUGAAGCAGCAACAUCUAGUAUGGAAACUGAAACUCAUGAGGUCACUAAUGGCGAAUCAAACUGUAAAACCAAUCCUAAUCAUGAGUCCGAACCAGGAGAGGACUCCACCAUGACAAACAGUUCAAAUUCAGAAGCCGUAAGAUUUUUAAUAGACGUUUGGGAAAAUCCUCUAACUGAUGAUGCAUCAUCUGCGCUUCAUUCGUCAAGGGACGGAAAAGACAAAAAACUUUCACCUGCUGCCGAUGAUACUGAAAGAUCUGAGCGGUCUGGAAGCAACGAGGCCACGCCUGUUGAAAUAUUACCUGGAGCAUCAGGAAUUAACUAUUCCAGUUUAGUUGUGAAUAACGCGCAUGAAAAUGAUAUUGAUGACCCAACAAAUAGAGGGAUUAGAAAUGAAACGUCACUGCCUCGCGAGGCUUCAGAGAAACAACAUGAGGAGCAUUCAGGUUCUUGCAAUGGCUCCAUUGAGAAGACAACUUCUCGUUCCGAUGACAAUAUUCCUUCCGACGACGACCAAUCUUCUGACUCUAUCAAGAGCACCGGGGACUCUUGUGCCCGGACGAAAGCUGUCAAGCGACAGUCAGUCGAGGAUCCAAUGGGAAGGUCUGGUCGAUGCAAACGCGGCAAUCGCCAUAAUUCCAGUCGGUCUCAAGGCCCCAGUGUUGCGGGUUCUACGAUGCAUGAAACGCAGAGUCACCAAAGCUCGGUCUUCAGAGCUUCUAUUUACAGAUGCGAACCGAACUCAACCGCCUCUCAUGGCGCAAGGCGAUUUCCAGUUAGUUUUAAUUCAUCUCCUGCAACAAAUAGGCAUGACAAUAGUUCUUUAUUACCUGGCUUUCUCAUGGGGUUGAGAAGACUCGACACUAAUAACGAGCGUGAACCCUCUAGAUCCAUCGCACCACGCACUCGCGCCCGGCAGCUGUCGGUGGCGCGAAUUGCGUUGUUGGCGCGACUGCCAUCGUCAGUGGAACCGCAAGCGAGGGAUCGCAAUCAGACUCUAGAGGAUCAGCACGAAGAGGCGAGGAGGCCCCGAGUUCCUGAUGACGGAGAAGAGAUGGAAGUCGAUGCGAGAGAGGGAGCUGACGCCGAAGAAGAGUUGACCGAUGAAGAAUCUGAAGACGAUGCCAGUGAUUUAUCUGAUUUUCCUUCUGUCGACGAAUUCGAAGAGGAACGCUUUCUGUACACGAACAACAGCCUCGGCGGAGCGAGGUAUUACGCUAGUGAGAAAAAUUAUGUCUCAAGUAGCGACGAAGAACCCGAGUAUUUCCAGGAUCAUUUCCGCAAAGCAAGUAAUGCUAAUUGCACUGCCCCAGAUAUGCAGGCCCAACAACCGCCUCCUCGAGAUCAAGCGCCCAAGAGAAGCAGAAUGAGAACAGGACCUCACAGGCCUCCGCCGCUCUGGGUGCGGGGCACUGACGGCUUCGACUCGUACCUCGACUACCGUAAUAGUCAACUUCCUUUUCCUCGACUACCGCGCGAAUUUCGAUUAGAAAUUCGGAUUUUAGAUCGACUCCAAAGACUGCCUCUGCCGCCACCUAUUCGGGACCACCUCCUGCUAGGAAACUGGACGUCCAUACAACGAAAGGUUGCUCAUGCUCAGGUGCCUAUAGACGAAAGUGAGGAAAUGGAGGUACUAAUGGUAUAAUUUACAAUUAUUUGAUAAAAAUAGAAGUUUGUUAAAUAUUUUUUGUUAGUGUUGAAUGCAUUAUUAAAAAUUGAUCGACCUGCAUGAUUAGAUGCUUGAUUUGAAAAACGCUAUUGGAAAAUUGCAAAUUGUUUGCAAAAUUUUCUAUGAAUAGCUUGUUGAUUAUGACCAGGUUAUUGAUUACACAUAAAUUGCUGAAUUCAUGAUUGAAUGCAUGAUUUUUCAUCCAUAUUCAUGAAUAGUCUUGGAAAGAGUUAAUUGCCUUUCUUCAACAGAAUUUCGUAAAAGUGAUUAGCUGAUAUACUACAUGAAUUUGCUGAUAAAGAAGAAAUAUUUCCUCUUAUCGUGGAUAUGUAUUUAAAUGGAUCUUCCAAGACCGGAUGAUCACUAAGUAACCCACGUUUCAGGAUGAAGUGCAUUGUUUCUGGUAACAAAUCUUGCUCCCAAUAUUAAUAUUAAUAACAAUAAUCUUAACAUCAUUUGAAAGUCAACAUCAUUUGAGUCAACAUCGCGCCCAUGAUGUUGGAGCAACGCGUUACACGAGUUAUGUUCAUCGCAAAACCUCAAACCUCGCGCAGAAAUUGAUCAAUAACGUGGCACUGUAGUAGUUUUAUUUUAAGAUUUAAUUUACGGAGAUCACGUUCACGCGGGAAGUAUUCAUGCCAAAGGACUUGGUUCAUAUAGAUGUCCAGCGCGAUAUCCGAUGUACAUUCUCCUGCUUUUUCUUUUUGAUUCUUUAUUUUAAAUGUUCUUAUGUGGAUGAAGAGUUUGACUUUCCAAAAACAAGCCAAGCAUGGGGAAAAUGCUAUUCAAUCAAACUGCGCCAGUGAUUGGGUAAAGAAAUACCGCAGUAACAUGAAAGAAAUAAUUACAUGAAAGUAUUAUCGGUGCUCAAAUGUAAUAGAAAGCUAGACAAAUGAUUGAAGACGAACUAGAGAAUUUUAUUUUAUAACACAAUACGACCACAAAUUUAUUUUAUACCACAAAACCUCAAUUACGCAUGGGUUAUCGAGGUUCUCAGAGCCGCGGACAGCCUAAUUUGGCUGUGCUGAUCUUUCUAAAUCUCGUUAGUGAACUAUGUUGACUAAUGUAAUCAUGUUGAAUAUUUGAAUAUUCACUUUUUGUGGGACCGGCGGUCCCGUCAUCCUAAUCAUUAUAAUAAUAAAAAAAAUUUCGGUGUCAGCGUUUAUUAGGCCAGGUACUCUGAACUGCAACCACUGCGCCAACCUGUGUUCGCUUCAUGAUGGCGCUGGCUAUGUCGGCAGUGCAAAAUGUCCAGCUAUUGUGCUUUCUUAGCUAUCAAAAGAAAAAUCUUCAUUAUUUUCAUAUGAUUUUAUAUACUUGAUCGAUUUGCUACAAGGUCAUUAUCGUGAGAAAUCAUUUAUUUCAUGUAAUCAUUUUUUAUUUAAUCUCAGCCGGCAUUAGUUCACAUUGGGGAGGAAGUUGGUCACUUAUCGGAUCUGUUUUCUAAUGUUCACGGAAAAGUUUUGUUAGGUAUUUUAAUUUACGAUUCAUUGUAGUUUUUAAGAGUGGAGAUUGGUUUCGUAAUAACUAAUUUGAUUAUCUUCUUUGUGUUAUUUCGUGCAUCGUCAAGAGACGGCAAGGAGUUGCGUGCUGAGACAUGACUUGAAUUUCUAGCAAAUUUCUACAGAUAUGUAAUCUUCAUCACACCCGCGAUCACGCUUCCCAUCAAACUCCCACUUACUGUCGAGCUUGAAACAGAAUGAGUUUGUGGUGAGGCGUAGAUAACUUCUCAGGAAAUAUUUCAUUUUUUGCUUUUGUACUAUAGUUAAGUUAACUGUUCUAUCUUUUUUAUUUGGAUAUCUUGGCAUGUCAUCGGGACGCCCGUGACAGGCAGUAUCUUUUGUAGAAUAUCAAGUGCUGGAAUAACCUGUACCAGGUGUGAAAAUUUGUUUUCCAACGUUCAUGGCCAUCGGGAAGAAAUGAAAUGUAUUGUUUGCGGCAAAAUAUCAGCCGGCAUUUUUGGCCUAUUGGAUCUAACAUAAUAUAACAAUAAAAAUAACAUUUAAACCUAAUUAACGAUAGACAUGACUAUCUUGUUUACUUUAUUCGACUACACUAAAGAUAUUGUUCGUACUUCAGAGGUGAUGUAGACAGCGUUGUUUGAUAGGACUGUUACGGGAGCAUUAGUAGGGGCACAUUUUGAUGCGACGGUAAAUACUGUACAUAUUGAAGUUACGGUGUUACAACGAGUACUACACGUUUUCCUUUUAAACAGCAUACAUGGAUUUUUCCGCGUUUAUUGAAGGACUUGUUGUGUGAAUUUGUUUAGAGACUUCCAUCCAUGUUUAUCCCUGUUGAGAACAUAUUAUUGGUGAAGUCUAAGCACUUAUAUCAUCAGUCUGCUUAUAUCGCAAGUUCACUAGGAAUUUAAAAGCAAAGGAAACGCCACGAAUAUGCGAUAAACGAUAUGGUGAAUUUUCUUGGCGUUUUCUUUGCUUUUAAAUUCCUGGUGAAGUCUUAUGUUGUUGCUAUUGGUCUCGUGCCGCGUAGGGUUAACUUGAGAGGAUGAAUUCGUGAAGUGAAAUACUGUUGUCUACAAGAGGAUAUCGCUGAUUGAAUUGAUCAAAUAAGGUAACCGAGUUGAUAGUUCAUCAUCUCAUCACUAAUGAGCUACUUAUGAAGCUAGGUUAGAAACUACCUAUUCUCUGGCAUUGAUUAUUAUACAAAUAAAAUCCAAUAGAUCUCUUUAUUGUAGUGGCAUUCUAUUGCUCCGUGUGUCUUUCAAUUAGUUUCUAACUGAUUAUUAUGUGUGUAAGUAAGUCCGAAUUACUGAAUCAUGUGUGGUAGCAACACUAGCGACUUGUUUAGAUGUCGUAACGCAAGAGUAAUUGGUAAAUUCCGGGAAAUUAUUAAUUAACGAAGAGAGUAAAUCUAGUGUGAAAAGCUGCUAAUGAUAACAAUUGAGGGAAUUUAACCUUCUAAGCACCCUUUAUUUACCUCUAUAAGCAUAUCUUAUUUAACCCUCUAAACACCACAUAUUCAACCCUCUGAGCACACUUUUCAACGACCUUCACUUAACCAUAUAAAGACCCCUUAUUUAACUUUAUUGAAGGCUUAAAUAACACAUUGCAAGAGUGACUGAGUGUUGAAUAAACUGACGGAUAAGCGUCGACAUGAGUGUUGAGUUUCACUCAUAUUGCUUAUUAGGAUUUUGAACAUUUCUGAUACUUGCCUAGAUGUUCGAUGGUAUCUACCAAGACAUUAUCUACGGUCAAAUAUUUGUAUUGCUAAGUAUCAAUAUUUUUACUUUAAGCAACAAUUAUUAUUGGAGGAUUUGUUAAGGAUGUACUGAUUCAAAGUUGUUGUGAAGGUUUAAAGAAGGCUGUACUUAUUGAUCAUUUACACAUUGGUUCUGUGGCAACUAAUUCAUUAUCAAUUUUGGAUGAGCAAGUUAAUUUAUUCGCUAUUGGUAGCGGCUGAGGCUGCCAUAUUUUAUUUCUUAGUCUCGCUCAUGAAAAUUUGUUCUGUUAGAGCAGGUUUUUAUUUCUUCUGUGAUGGCCAGCCUCUUAUUUCACUUGUUCUAUUCCUGACCCUUUUUUAUUUUUGAUCUCAUGUCCUAGAAUUUCAUUUGUUCUUUAUGACGUGUUUUUCGUGUUAUUUUUAUCCUCUUCACUAACUGUGUUUCCUAGACUUGUUCCUAGCUUUAUCCUAGCCAUAGUUUCUUUCCAUUUGUUCUAAAUUUGAACUUUGAUAUGCUGUUGGCCUGUCCUCCAAUUUUGUAUCUCUGACCUGUUACCCAAUUUGUGUGUUGCCCGCGCGCGCCGCUCGUCUCUUGUCCUGAGGGACUUGGCGGUCCCAGGGGCGUCGUCCCUCUGUAAUGUGGACGACGUCUCGUGUGGACGACGUCUCGUGUGGACGACGUCUCGUGCGGACGACGUCUCGAACAGGCGACGUUUCGUAUUGGCUAGUGAUGGAUUUUCCGAUUAAAGUAUUUGGUUAUUAUCGAGCCGUGGCUCUUGGUAGAUGUCGAAGGUGAUCUGUCUUCGUUGCUGAGUAAACCUCUUGCCUCCUGCGCUUUUGAAUUGAAAUCAUGCGCAUGUGAUCGUUGAAAUGCUGCUUAUUUGUUCUCUACGUAGUCUGUUCUGUGGUGGGUUUUGUAUAUUGUCUGUUUUUCAUUUGUUAUUUAGUAGUGUUAAUUAUGCUGGAAGCAAUAUUGUCCUGAGGGACUUAUGCUGGAAGCAAAAUAAUUAAUUAAUUGGAAGCAAAAAAUAAUUAAUUAUGCUGGAAGCAAAAUUAAUUACAGUAGAACUCAACGAAUUUUCAGCAGCAAAAUUAUGUAAAGAUGAUUUGUAAUACAUUUAUGGUUAUGUUGUGGAUUUGACGUUGCUUCUCUGCUAGCAACUAUGGGAUUGCGAUAACCUCAACUUACGUUAAUCAUUAACGCAAUAAUAAUUGCAUUAAUCAUGGCCUUUCUAGCGCGUGUCAUGCUUAACUCUAAUCAUCAUUACCCACGAGCCGCGUAGAAGCAAACUAUCUAUGUUACAGCAAUUAGCGCUAUUGGAAUGUAGUCCUAUAAAUAUAAUCUUAACCAUAACGGCAAUCUUUUCCAAAAUUUUCAUUGUUUUCCCAUCAGAAAUGCAGUUGGCCACUCUUCUGGAUGCCCACUCAAUAUUUGAGAAUAUGCGUAUUGUGUUAAUGUGUAAGUGAUGUGCAGUCUUCAACGCAGGCAUAAUCCUUGCAUACGGCGCUAUUAUGGCAAUGUAUAUAAAGUAUUGUUGCAUUUGCAGCAAAGUUUCAAAAGGACUUUGUCAAUAUAACUAAAUAAAACUUGUUAACCUGUUACCUGUUGAGCGGACACGACUUGUUUCUAUGCCAUUCAUCCCGAGUUUUAUAUUUGUUAUGAUGAAUCAGUGCUGAAAUUACGAGCCUUUCCAUCUCUUCCAUUGAUAGCUAAUAAUCGAGUUAGAAACCAUUAUGUUCCUGAAGUUUGCUUUUAGUUAUCCGGAUAAUCAACUUCAGAAAAUCCGUUUAUUGAGGAGUGAUUUGGGCUUACACGUUUUUUUUCGAACAGCAAUGCGGUUUAAUUUCUUCAAUCAACGGCAUAGUUAUUUGUUCCACUUUCAUCCUCUCCAAAUGUACGUUUGAUGCACUUGUUCACAUCUGUCACGAGAAUAUAUAGCAUUAUCACUGAUAUUUAGCGGGACCAGGACGAGUUACUGGUACCUUAUACUAAUAAAAAAGUAUAAUCA